CACUUGCUAAAAGGCUUCUCAUAGAGAACUUUGGUCUCAAGUUGCAGAACAGAUGAAAGCAAUGGAAACAGAAGCCGCGCUCUGGGAAGAACCCUCCGUAAGUUCCUAGUCAGAACUAAUUGCGCUUUUAGUACUUUUCCGAAUGUUAAGUUUCCUCUUCAAAAUAGUCCCAAUAGGGAGAACCUUAAUAAGAGAUUCAACUACCCAACUGGGUUUUCUGCAAAACCCUGCAUCUCUCAAAUACAUUUCCUCAAAAGCCUCAAGAAAUCAGAACCCUUUCGUGGUCUCUUACCUCAUCCGCUCAUGUGGGCUCUCACCCGCAGCUGCCAUCUCUGCAUCCAAGAAGGUUGGUUUUGAAUCCUCUGAUGGACCAGAUUCCGUUCUUACCCUCUUUAGAAACCAUGGAUUCACCGAAGCCCAGAUUUCCAGACUCAUUAGAAAGUAUCCAUUAUUGCUCGUUGCCAGUCCUACAAACACCCUUCUCCCUAAACUUGAGUUCUUCCAUUCCUUGGGCGUUUCGAGCCCUAACAUUGCCAAAAUCCUCUUCAAAGAUUCAAAGUUCUUGUUCCGUAGCUUAGAAAACAAAAUUAUCCCUGCUUUUAAUUUCUGGAAGAGUUUAGUUGGGACUCUGGAGAAUGUUGUUAUUGGUCUAAAACGUGAAGCUCGUUUCAUCAAUUGUGAUAUACAGACUGUGGCUCGAAAUAUUGCAAUCUUGAGAGAAAAUGGAGUAACGGAGUCCAUUAUCCUGCGUUUACUAACUUACUAUCCCACAUCGUUGACACCUAAAAAUAAUCUGUUCAAAGAGAUGGUUGAGGAGAUUAAGCAAAUGGAUUUCGACCUUUCAAAAUACACGUUUAUGAGAGCUCUAUCUGUGUUUACAUCAAUGAAAAAAUCGACAUGGAAGCAGAAAUUGGAGGCUUAUCGAAGGUGGGGUUUUUCUGAGAAUGAGAUUCUCUUGGCAUUUAGGAGGUACCCUUCUUUUAUGACAGCGUCUGAGAAGAAGAUAAUGAGCCAUAUGAAUUUCUUUGUUAACAAAAUGGGUUGGGAACGGGAAGUUAUCAUCAUGCGCCCGCAACUUCUUGCGCUUAGCUUGGAGAAGAGGAUUCUUCCAAGGUGUUCAGUUUUACAAGUAUUGAUAUUGAAAGGUUUGGUGAAGGAAGAUCUUAAAAUGGGACAUCUGUUGAUAAAGAGUGAGAAGCAUUUCUUGGAAAAUUUUGUGAAAAUAUAUGAGAAAGAAGUUCCUCACCUUUUGGAUUUAUACAAAGGAAAUACUAGUCUGCUAGGACUAGGAGAUGGAAUUGAGGAAGUGGGUUGAGAAAACCUAUUGUAAAGUGCUCAAAUUA